AUGGCACAUAUUUCGGGUGUCGGCGCGUUCUUCGUCAUAGUUCUAAUCGUCGCCCUGAUCGGAGGGGUGGGUUGGAUUGUCUACACACAUUUGCGAGCACGACGAUUAGGAUUACCACAACCCACUUUAUCGUCCUACAACCCAUUCAGCGGUGGAUCUGAUCGAUAUGGUAGCUCAGGGUCAGGGCAAGGUGGAAUGGUCGGAUGGGUGAAGGAUAAAGUCAAUGGAUUUAAGACUCGCAAUAAUCGAUCGGCCGGAGGGGCAUACGAAGAACCAUUGAGCAGCAACGUACGCGGUCGCGCAGCAAAUCGAGGUUUUGGUCCACUUGAUCCUGAUGACGCCUGGGAUGCGCGAGUAGGGACAGAAGCAGAUGCUUAUGGACCUGGAGGAUAUUAUGAGGAGCGAGAGCUUGGUUUACAUGAUGGGCAUUCGGGAGUUGCAGUAACACCGGGUUCGGUACCUGCGGAAUUCUCAAGUCCUACUCGUGGCAGAAACUUAAGCCGUGAGCCUGAACCAUAUGUUGGAGGAUCAAAGGCCGGGCUCGAUAGACGUUAUGAUGAGGAGAUGGGCAUACAACCAGCGAACAAUCCUUUCGACGAUCCAAACGAAUUGAGAGGUGUCAGUCCUCGACCAGUGGACUCCAACGCAAAGGGACAUAAGGCGCAGGAUAUUGAUAAUCAUUCGGAAAGGAGAUCGAUGUUUAGAGAGAACAUGUAG